GGAGGCAGGUGAAAUGUGGCCCGACAGGUCUGAUGGGAAUACAGAGAGACACGCAUAAGGAGUCAGAGAGACAGGCAGGGAGGUUGCUGAUUGACUGACAAGCCUGUCAGCCUGCUGGAUUUAGGAACAGUCUGGCUGGAAGUAGUACAAUGGCAUAUUUGUGUUUGUGUUGCAGAGUGUGGAACUGGAUUGCACCUGGUCAUUACACUGACUGAGAGGGCACCUUGUGGCCCUGUGGACUCCCACCACCACCACCAGGCUUGACCGAGGGUGGAAUUUCCCUCUUCUUCCCCUGGCUGGAGCCGGGGGCAGAUGGUCGCUCUGAGACUUUGAGCAGAACUCAGGAAGGAGAGUGAGAGGAAGGGUGGGAGGAGGGUCAGAGAGGGAGACGGAGAGGAAGAGAAGUGAGGAGUGGACAGAAGAGGAGACAUGCUUCGCUACGGUUCAGGACAAACGGUUUCCACCACCACAACAACAGAGGACUCGGUAGAGACUUCAAGUGAGAGGAGGAUCAAACGUCUCAGGUUAACUCUACAUGCGGGAGAUCAUGGAAACAACAAGCCAAAAACAACGAACUCAGACACAGCUGAGAAAGAAAAAGAUGUCCAUGGGGCAUGGAAGAAGAAGAAUGGGCUUAUCCAAAGAGAGAGGCCAGCUGGCAGGGAGUCACCUCAGCAGCACCUCAGAGACAUGACCAAUGGGGUGCCGGAGUCCUCGCUGCAGCAUCACGGGCCCAAAGUGUACGGCGUAGUGCAGAGGACGGGCUCGGACAGACAGCAGGAGGUGAUGGCACGAGAGUGGACAGUCAAUCACCUUCAUGAUGAGAUGAGGUACAUCAGGGAGGUGAGAGAUUCUCUGGAGAAGGUGAGAGAGCGCAUGUACGGGCAGUUUGGAGGAAUGCAGCAAUCAAUGCAGAAGCUUUCACAAGAAAUCAGGGCUGCCAACUCACAUCGGAGGAGCCUGGAGUCAGAGGUGAGGAUAAGGACGGAAGCCAUGGAGAGCUUUGAUCAGAUGAACAGCUCCCUCAUAUCUGCCAACAUCGGCCUGCAGAAAUCCCUUCUGGAGCACUGUCAGAACAGAGUGGACACGAAAGAGGAGGUGAAGAGUUUGCAGAGCGCCUGUAAGAAAACACAAGAAAAGCUCAGAGACAAAGAGAGGGAGCUGGCCACUGUGCAGGCUGAAAACCAGACGUUGAGACUACAGGUGGAGUCUUCACAGGAGGCCAACACUCAGGCGCUGCAGGAGCUCUCAGUGAAGCUACAGAGGGAGUACGAAGAAAAGCUGCUGGAGGAACAACGGAAACACAGGGAGGAGAUUGAAAACCUACAGGCCCAACUUAAUGAGUACAUCAGGCGACUGGAGGAAGCAGAGAGAAACAUCAGGACUGCAGAGGCCAAGAUCGCCGAGAGGGAUCAGAGGAUCAUUGAAGUGGAGCGUCUGCUGGACUGUAUGGGAAAGGAAAAGAGUCAACUCCAGAAGAAGCUGCAGGAAUGUGAUCAGCGUCUCCGCUUGAUGGAGUUGACGUACACAGCUGAUGCAACUGUAGCCAAAAGGUCCAAAGAGCUGCAAGGUGAAGCGGUAGAUCUCCGUGAGAGAAUCAAACACUUGAACGACAUGGUGUUCUGCCAGCAGAGGAAAGUCAAAGGAAUGAUCGAAGAGGUUCAAUCACUGCGAGCUCAAGUCGCUCAGAAGGAUAUGUUCAUCUCAGAGCUUCUGGACAGAAUUGCAAUAAUUGAGUGUGAGAAUAAUGAAUUAGAAGACAAGCUGAAGUAUUUUGUGUCCACACAGAGUAGGCCACGGGAGGUUUUGGAAACCAGGGAGAUAGGAGUAGGGUGUGAUCUGCUCCCCAGACAAGAAGCACAGAGGCAUGAUGUUGAAACUCCUGUUCUGUGUGAACCAAGUCAUCUCCAUCCCAUACAACUCCCAACACCUGUUCAGCCUCCAUCACCAGUGAAACCUUCAUCACCCACCCAACCUCUAUCACCCACACAGUGUCCAUCCCCCUUACAACUUUCAUUCUCCACACAACCUCCAUCCCCCACACAACCUUCACUCCCGCCAUCUCCCAUUCAGCAUCCAUCUCUCUACCUGACAACCCCCACCCAACCAAGGAUGUUCAAGUCUAAUAACCCUCCACCCAGCAGGCUGGAGUCUAGUUUACUGAAGUACACUCCUGUUGAAUACAGCCGUUUCCUGCAGUCCAGCCCCUCAGUACCGAGCGGGACGCUCCCCUACACCUGCCCGACUGAUCCUGAACCUCCUUUGAGCCCGGUCCAGUCCGGGAGAGAUGAGUUGGACGCUGAAGCAAACACAAAUACGCACUCAAAUGCGGAGGAAUCCACUUCAUCCCCGUCCUCUCCUCGAGCGAGAUCAAGAGCACCACAAGUUUAUACACCGUUCAUGAAACUUAUGGAAAUGACAGCAAAGAUAAAUAUAGACAAAUCACCCUCACUUGGCUGUGACAAGAAGAAGAGCUGCGUUACACUGUCCUGUGCAGUGGGGGGCGUUCGAGCUCCACCUCUUAUUUUCGAUAUCCGCGUAAGAAGAAGAACCCGACUUCGAAAAGUCUCACGUAGAAGAAGGCAACCUCCAGCCCUAACAGAGCGCCAGGGACAGGUGGGAGACCUGAGAAACCAGAGCAGAGAAGAGCUCCAAGAACUGCUGCUGCGACAGGAAAAGAUACUCUCUAACACGAAGUUAUUGCAGACUCUUCCUGACAAAGGGAAAAAGAUAUCAGAAUUUGCGGAGAAAGUGCGUCUUGCCAUUGAACACAACAAUGAAGAGGAGAGGAGACAGAGCUUGGUGUCUGCUGCCAGGACAGAGUUAAAGUUCAAGUACCAGCAGGCUUUCACUAUGCGAAAACAUCCCAUCCCUAACACACCAACAGCCUCACACCAAAACAGGCAAAGUGAGGCUGCUGCAGCUGAUAUGGUACAUGAGAGGGAGACCUCACCUGACUCAGCUCAUGUGCAGGAAAACACAACUUUGGACCAGCAACAGGACCAGUUUGUCUCCAGAGCGGCUGCUCAUGAAACCAUGGAGACGGCUGCUGCUGGGGCCUCUCUGAACUCUGAUGAGACAAAGGAGAGUGACCUUUUGGAGGCCUUGGAAAGGGUCAGACUGUCUGAAACUAGUACUGUUUUCAGUAGCCAGUCCAAAGACCCAUUAAACAGCACGGCAAGAGACAAUUACUUUCUGAGAAAGCAGUCACCAAAAAAGCCUCACUAUGUAACUGUCCUGGAAAAAACAGAGAGAACUUCAGCUCCCAGGAAGCAGAAAUUCAAACCAAAUCAGCUGCCCCACAGAAGUGACAUUUCUCCAUCAGGAUAUUUGUCACCCAGCCAGUCUUCUGAAGGCUCAUUGCUGCUCUCUGUCCAGGCCAGGAAGGAGCGGGACAGAAAACACCUGGACGACAUCACUGCAGCCAAACUCCCUCCUCUCCACCACAACCCAGCCCAGCUUCUGUCUCUGGAAGAGUCGGCUGUCCUCCUGAAAGAACAAACCAAGAAGCAGCAGGAGUUUCAGGCCAAGCUGGCAGCCCAGAAACUGUCUGAGGGAUUGAAGACCUCUAUGGGGAGCUACACUCCUGACGGUGGCCCCAUGGCUGCCUACAGAGAGGUUCAAGAUGAAGGAGCCCAGAUCUCCUCAGAGGAAGACUGAUCCUGGAAGGCCAGAGCUGGGGAAACCAGCGUGACCUUGGCCCUGGGGGAAACAGGCUUUGGACCUCGCAAUCAGGACCAAUCAAACAGGAUUUUCACUCCAAGGAGAGGAAUUCUUAACAGAGGAAAAGGGUCUUUCCUUGGAGUGAAGGCAUAGUUGGUAUCCCAGACGCAGGAAAUUGAAUGGCCGGCUGAGACACUAGCUCACUUAAUUGUCAUUCAGUUCGUAUUGGGAUAGGCUAUUACAGUGUCCUGCAGGAAUAAUACCUGUGGAUGACCAGGAGUCUUGAAUGCUGAAUUUGAAGCAUGUACAAUAUUAUGAGGCAAAUGCAGUAAUCUUUGCUUGAGAGUAUUGUACAUUGAAAUUUCUAUUUUAGUGUGUUAAUAAUUAUAAAGCUCAUGAACAGGUGGAGCAGACUGUUUUGGCACAAUAGUGACUGUUUACAGGUUUGUCUAGAAAAUAGACAGGAGCCUGCAGGUAGUUUUGUCAGAUGUAAUUAUUACAGAAUGUGUAACAAUUGAAUAAAUACAUCUGAUUCCCCAAAUGGUUGUGAUUGUGUAACGUCAGCUGAAAAUCUAAGUGUUUUCCUGAAUCACAGACACUGUGAAGUACCUCAUCAGCCCUUUUUAGUGUGGAUGAAAAUAUAUCUGUAAGAGCUGUCCUUUAAUUUCUCUUCACUAAUAUGAAAUUGCACU